CCCACUGCUUGCCUUGCCUCACUCACAGCUCAACCGGGAACGUGACGACCCCCUCCGGCGGCUUGGGUCUUUCCUCGACCUCGAACGUGGCGGUGGCCUGGACAUCAGGAGAGAGAAGAACAAUACAUCGAUACCCACCAGACGGCCGUCUGGUGCAGGCUGGCUGUGUAUGUGUGUGUGUGUGUGUAGUUGCGUACCUCCCCGCCUUUGCUGCUCUUCAGGCCGAUCGUCACCUUCUGACCCGCACUGAUCGGGCCCACACCCGCUGGCGUGCCUGCAGUGACGGCACAGCAGAGCAGUCCAGCGAACGGACAAGUGUUCCACUGGUGCUGGUUGGCGCUGGUUGGUGCUGGUUGUGUCUGUGGGUACCUGUGAGGAUGAUGUCGCCGGCCUGGAGGGUCAUUAAGCUGCUGAUGUAGGACAGCAGAGUGUCUACCUGCACACACAUGCACACCAUCAUGCCAGGUUCAUGUCAUGCAGCACUCGGUCCCUGCUGUGGCUGGUAGGUGGGUGCACCUGCUGACUGACUGACCUUGAAGACCAUGUCCUUGGUGUUGCCCCUCUGCUUGUCCACCCCAUCCACUUGCAGCCACAACUCUGGUUGAGAGCAACAGGACACGACAGGCAUAAGGCGCGCAUGUCUCUCCCUCCCUCCCUCCCUCCCUCCCUCCCCGCCACGCCCAUCGGUCCGAACGUUUUCCGCCUACCUGUGUCGUCGAGAUCGAUGUGGUGCGGUGGGAUGAGGACAGGUGCGAUAGGGGCGAAUCCGUCCUGUAUAGAAGUGCGUAGUUAUCGACCACUCACUCGCAAGUGCGGAUGAUGAAUCCAUGUGAUCACGUCAGUCACCUCACCUGCGCCUUUGACAUGACCCACGGUUCGCCCCUCUUCUUCUCGGCCUCCUGCACCGCACGGGCAGUCAGGUCGAUCGCCACUCCAUAACCUACGACAUAGUUAGUGGGAUGACAGACAGACAGACAGACGGACGGGACGGUCCAUGGCACACAGACAGAUUCGCGGUGUCCGGCCGGCUGUGUGGCCGGGCGUAUGCCCGCGUGUGUGUACGUGUGUCCUCCUUCCUUCUCCUCCUCCCCCACCGACCUGCCACUUUCUUGAUGGCGUGCGCAGGGGUCGCGUUCUUGCAGUCCUUCUCCAUAAACACCGCAAGCUCCACCUCGUAAUGGAUCGGACCUGCAGCUCAAUGAAACCAAGAGGGGGCGAGCAGCCAGGCCCAGCCACGCACGCACGCGAGGUGAAAUCCAGACCACACCCCACCCUUGCCUUGCCCAGGUCAGUCAGUGCUUAGGUACCCAUGUCGGUGGGGAUGUGGAUCUUGUCGGGCGGCGUGAUGACGCUCGUGCCAUGCUUCAGAAAGAGCAGGGGCGCCUUGGGCACCUCACCACCUGCAUCGCAUCAUCAAUCAAUGGGUGAGUCAAGACAAGAGCCCACAAGCCAUCCAAUUGAAGUCAUCUGUCUGUCUGUCUGAGCCUGUCUGUCUUGCUGAGUGAGUCUGGCUGUCUGCAAUGCAUACCGAGUUCUUGUGCAUGGUCGGCAUAGUUUCGCCCGACGCACACCAGCUUCCGAGUGCCCCUGCUCCCAAUCUGCAACGCGGAACAGGUCACAACAAUUGCGCUGGAGCCUUCACUUUCAUUCAAGGACUCGACAGAAGCCAGAUCACUUACCUUCACUUGAGCGGCGCCCAUCGUUGCUACCAACCAAG